AUGGUGUGCGUCGUGUCUACUGUGGCAGCCGGAAGAACGCUAGUGCGUCUCUGCGGCAAAAGUGGUUGCUAUGACGACGAGGGCUUGGUGGAAAAUGAUGCAAUUGAAGUCUGUAACUUAAUGGAAAAAAGACAAAAAAUUACUCAGUGUUCUGAAAAAGAAAACAAACAGCUUACACAUGAAUUUAAAUCACUCAAACUCAAGCAAGUUUUAUUUCAGUCCCAUAAUAAAGAUCUAGAAGCAGAUAAAAUAUCACAGAACAACCUAGAGAUAAAUGUAGAACAAAGAGCAAAGCCAGGCAUGGCCCAUGAAGAGAUCCAAAGGCUGACUGAUGAACUGCAAGUGAAGGAGAAAGAACAGAAUAAAUUAGAUUCUACUCUUCAAGUAGCUCAACUGGAAGUAGAGAAAUUUAAAGAAAAUGUGAUGAAACUAAAAGAAAAUGAUUCAGCUGACCUACAGAAAGCAAAGGGACAUAAUCUGAGACUAAAUGAAGAAAUUCUGGCCUUAAGAAAUAGAGUUCGAUCACUUGACUCAGAGAAAAAAAUGCUUGGAAAAGAGGUUGAAAAGCUCAAAGGAGAGAUUAAUAAAUUUCAAGAGAAUGAACAAGUUAGAAAUCACUCACUGUGA